AUGGCUUCCGUAUCUUCAUUUCCCCCCAUUAAGCAUGUGCGCUCAUUUAUUAUUCAAGGUGUCGGCUCCGGAGGCGACUAUCACAAUGUGAAAGGAGGCCACUGGCUCGUGGACAGUUCGAUAUCAACACCAAUGGCCAAAUGGGAACAAUAUCGCGCAUCGAGAACGAGCUGGGGUAUCAAUGUCUUGGGUUCGUUCUGUGUUGAGAUUGAGUCCAGUGACGGCACCAAGGGAUUCGCUACUGGUUUUGGAGGACCACCAGCAUGCUGGCUUGUGCAUCAACAUUUUGAGCGCUUUUUGAUCGGAAGCGACCCCCGUGACAUCACCGAUAUGUUCGAGAAAAUGUAUCGCAGCUCAAUGUUCUACGGUCGUAAGGGUCUCCCUCUUGCAGUCAUCUCUGUCAUCGACUUGGCUUUGUGGGAUCUCUUGGGCAAGAUUCGCAAAGAGCCGGUUUACAAAAUGAUUGGUGGAGCCACUCGUAAGAGGCUACACUUCUACUGCACCGGUCCUCAGCCCGCUAUUGCAAAGGAAGCUGGUUUCAUUGGCGCCAAGGUUGCUCUUCCUUACGGACCGGAUGAGGGCAUCGAUGGUCUGAAGCGAAAUAUCGAGUACCUUCGCAAGCAACGGGAAGCCGUUGGUCCUGAUUUUCCUCUCAGAGUGGACUGCUACAUGUCGUUGAACGUGCCCUACACGAUCGAACUCGUCAAGCGCGCCGAAGCAGAGGGAUUGCACAUUGACUGGUGGGAAGAGUGUCUUACUCCAGACGACUUUGACGGCCAGGCUCUCAUUAAGAAAGCCCACCCAACUGUUAAAUUCACCACCGGAGAACACGAAUACUCCAGAUACGGAUUCAGGAAGCUGAUUGAGGGACGUAACUUGGACAUUAUCCAACCCGACGUCAUGUGGCUCGGUGGUCUUACUGAGUUGCUCAAGGUCUCUGCCAUGGCAGCUGCCUACGAUAUUCCCGUCGUUCCUCACGCCUCCGGUUCCUACUCAUACCACUUCGUCGUUUCUCAACCAAACACCCCAUUCCAAGAAUACCUCGCCAACUCCCCCGAUGGUAAGACCGUGGAACCCGUGUUUGGAAACCUGUUUUUGAAUGAACCCAUCCCAACCAAGGGAUAUCUUGACCUUACUGAGCUUGAUAAGCCUGGAUUUGGUCUUGAGUUGAACCCGGCUGCUCCAUUGAUUCCUGCCUCUGCACUUCUCACCCCUGCCCCUGCUAAGAGUCUGCCCGCGCCGACGACCAUGGAGGAGCCAGCCCAAGAGCAGGCUAAUGACCAUUAA